CCUUUCACACAGCUCCCCCCCCCCUCCCACAGCCUGGAGAUAAAGUUUCCUCUCUCUUGCUCGACGGGUUGCAAGAUUUAUUCGCUCGUCGAUUCGUUUUAAUUGCACGCAGUUGAGCCCGCUGGAGGUGAUUAAGGGGCUGCUUGGUUAAAGGGGCAGCGGUGGAAUUGAAUUCCACCGGAGCAGCAACAAAACAGCGGCGGCCAGCUGUGUUUCUGGACGGGUCACAUCUGUCGUUGUCGUCGUCGCUGUCCAUGGUGCUGAACUCGUGCUCCAGGAAUGGUGGAGACGCUGAGUAUCGCAGUCAUCGGUGCUCCCGGAGUGGGGAAAACUUCUAUAAUCCGCCAGUUCAUCUAUAACGAUUUCUCGGAGGUGUACACGCCGACCAGGACCAGAUAUGUGUACAGACCCUCCGUCAUACUGAACGGGAACAUGUACGAGCUGAAGGUUUUGGAUGUCCCGCCAAUCUCCUCCUUUCCAUCAAGCUCCAGCCAGGAGUGGCUGGAUUUGCGCUGCAGAGGUGUUCGCAAUGCCAACGCCUACAUCCUGGUGUACGACAUCUGCUGCGUGGAGAGCUUUGAAUACGUCAAGAUGAUCAGACAGCAGAUAGUGGAGCACAGGGAAGGCAGCAGCAGCGAGGUGCCAAUCCUGGUAGUGGGCAACAAGAGAGAUCUGCAGCGGCAGCGUUUCAUGCCUCGCAGGGCAGUGUCAGUGCUGGUGAAGAAGACCUGGAAGUGCGGUUAUGUGGAAUGCUCCGCCAAGUUUAACUGGCAUGUAGUCCUGCUAUUCAAGGAGCUGCUGGGCAUCGCUGUGGCGCGGGGCAUGCGCCAGAACCACACCUCCAUCCGCCUGCAGGGGGCGCUACAGAGGAAUCGCUGCACCAUCAUGUGACCCAGAGAGCUCCCUCCACCCCUUUCACCUCAGGAGUGAAGCGGCGAUGGAGAAAAGGACUUUUUUUUAUCUAAAUGGCUGGAAAUAUACCCCGUGGCCUCCUGCUUUACUGAGCUGAUUUUUCAUAAUGAGGUUUAUUAGACUCUUGCGCUGUAAAAGACACUGAAUUUCACACAUGGUCAUCCAACCACUUCCUGGUCAAAUUCUGUGUAGAUGCAAGGAAGGAGGUAGAAGAGGAAGCAGAUGAAAGCCAAUAUGACAUAGCACAGUUAUUCUUUCUCAUAUCAACCAGACAGUUAAGGAUUUUGAGGCUGUGAUUACACAGCAGUCUUCUUGGGGGUUUUCUUGUGGCUAUAGCAGGACAGAAGCUGUGUUUGUGAGACUCAAAAUGGAGAGGCAGCAAUAUCAUCGAGUCUUCCUUUUGAAUUCAGUAAGGUCAACAGCAGAAGCUCAUACCUGACAUAUUUGGACUUAUUUGAGGGUAUGCAGUUACUGGUCAACAAGACAGAAUGAUAAAUAGCAAAAAAAAGCUAGUUUUUGGUGAGAUUGUCCUAAAAUGUACAAAUAGAUACAAUUAGAUGGUGUUACUCUUUAGAUUUUGAAAAAGUAGCCUGCAUUGUCCUCAUUACAUGAAUUUUGUAAACAUUUUUCUUUUUUCCUGUCCCUGUUACAUACUUGGCCUAAGAUAAAAGGGGUUUGUUCAGAUGAAGGGUGUUUUAAGGUUGUCUUGCAGCAGAAAAUACUGCAGUCCCUUAUCAUGAUGUACUGUAGGACUUUAAUCUGCCCCCCUAACCCCCUCCACUCAGUGUCUGUUUCUGACGAAUACAUUAAAUCCAGGCAACUGGGGACCUGCAGGAAGCUGCAUAGCCUGAAACAAGACACUGUACACGCAAUGUGGGUGUUUGUGUGUGUGUGUGUGCGUGUGUGUGUGCGCGAGAGAGAGAAAGAGUGAGGGAGAGGGAGACAGAGAGAGGCAGGUUUGAUAGCUGACAUUCAGGCGAGCAAAGGACAGACGUAGCAAGAUAAGAGACAGAUGUUGAAGCUAUGGAUUAGGAAGGAGCAAUAAAAUCCCACAGGGAUGUCUUGACUGAAUUAUACCACCAUAUUAUAUUAAAAAUGCCUCACAUACAGUAGUAACCCAUUCAUGCUCAGAUAUCCUGCAGAGACAAGGAUCCAGAGCGUCCACCAAACACCCCAUGAGACACAUUACAGACACACAGGGAACCUUAAUAAAGCUUUCAUAGCCGUAUCUGAAUAGUAUCUAAUUAGUAAUAUUGUGAGAUUAACAGUUGCUUUUUUCAUUUGAUUAGACCUAGUUAGGUACUUUGUGAAUAUGGCUGCACUGAAAGUAAGCAGACCUAUUGUAUAUAAGAGUGAUUCAUAGAAUAAUUGACUUGCAUGCUUUUGUUGGUAGAGCCAACGGGUCAGGGUUUUAUUGCACUGAUGUGAAAAUGUGAUACUGUGUUUAAUUUUUGUAAUACAUGGUUUUUCUGACACUGUAACGAGCAGCUGAGUGGAGUGAAUGUGAUCGUUUUUCACUGGCAUGUGAGAGCACAAGCCCAUGAUUCUCUCCAAGAUGUAGUGGUGAUGUAGUUCACAAUCAGGGCAGAUGGCUGUACUAGCUGUUUUGUUUUUCUAGUAGAAAAAAAAUAAAAGAAAUAUGUAGCAGAGAUAUACUAGAAAGCAACUGAGUGUAGCAUGACUUCUCAUCAGUUUGUCUGUGUGCGCGUUUCCGAAUAAAA